CACCAGUGUUAAGUUGAGCAUCUCGACUCAGAGGUGAGCGAUGAUUAACACAACUCUGUGCGCACCUAAUAUAUCCGCCAGAUCACACCACACUAUAUUUAUAAGAGCACCUACAUCAGCGGAGGAUCAAGUUCAAAUUAUAGGUACGACAAACACCACUUUAAGACGGCUUCGGCUGCUUGUCUAACACGAGAGGAUAUAUUAAUGAUUUGAAGUCAUGCUGAAAUCGCAAGGAGAAACCCUAUCGUUAAUCACAAUCCUUCUGGUGGAACUACUGAUAAGAACAGAGGGUAUGCCCGUAGAUUUACAAGAUGCAAUGAAAAAGGCAACAUCGUUAGAUACGUUUAUGAACAUGUUGAAUGCUUCAGAUAUAACAAACGUAGAGGAAGAGGAACACGCAGGAAAUGCGUUGGUUAUUGCAAAUGAAGCGUGCAGACCCGUUGAAGUAAUGGUUCAAGUACCACAGCCAAAAAGAAGAAGAACCCUGGUUUUUCCUGUAUACGUAAAAUUGUUUCGUUGUAGUGGAGGAUGCAACAAUGAACCACGUCUAUCACACUGCGUUGCUACAAAGUUUACUGACAUCCCCAUAAAAGUCGGUCGAGUAUCCUGGCGCAAAGGGGACGGUACUGUAUAUAAACAAGUUUCUGAAAAAGUUUUGAAAAAUCACACGCAAUGUGAAUGUGCUUGCAAGAAGAGGACAAGGAAAAGUUGUAAUCCCAAAACACAUGUUUGGAACGAUAGAAGCUGUCGGUGUGAAUGCUUAUUGGGGCACCAAACAUGCCAUGCACCUCAGGUGUGGAAUAAACAUUUGUGCCGUUGCGAAUGUCCGAGAGUCGCCCACGUUUGUCACGGUCCAGGCAAGGUUUGGGAUCAUGAAAAAUGCAGAUGUGCCUGUUGGAAAGAGAAGUGCAGCAAAGGCUACUACAGAAAUCCAGAGACUUGCCGGUGCACUUGUCAUAAAAAUUGGUGCCCUAAUAAAUGGCAACUUCCUAAGAUGAAACGUUUCAAUGAUCCGUCAACAAUCGAACUAGGAAAACCGGUUGAAGCAUUAUAAAGAAUUGCAAUAGACAUAGAGAUGACGUAGUAAUGACUCAUGUAGCUGCGAGGUAAAAUGCUUACUAUUCCCAUCCUUAAUAGCCCAAUAUGCAAUGGUAUUGUAUUCAAUAUUCACCGUAUUUAUUUCAUGGUAAAGUACGGUUCUAAUUAAUCACCGACAGUCGGCGAUAUAUUUUUGGAGGCGAGUGACGAGUGAAAAUUUAUACAAAAUAAAAAAGAAUACCUUUAUUCUCUACAUGCAGAAUGUCCCAAAAAAUAGCCGUAACAGCAACAAAAGAAUGAUUUCAAUAGAGGAUACUUUUUUUAGUGGUGACCACCAACAAUAGCUAUCCCCGACUGUCGGUGAGAAGCAGGCUUCUCGAUUCAGCUCAUAGAAUGUGUUUGAACCUUGUGUUAAGCUGCCGUAAUACUGAGAAGUGAAUCAAAAUAAUUUCAAUCAAAUAUUUUCACCCUCGGGUCCAUGCAACAUGGUUGAUCUGGUAGGAACAUGUGUAAACACAUAUAUAGUCAAUUAGCUUUUUUAUUCUGCAUGCGGAAUAAAAACAUUGGAAGCAUUAUUUUAUAGGUAUUUUAAUAGGGAGACAUACUAGUAAAGCCGGGUAUUCGUAUGUCGUAAUUCAUCGGCGAUUUCUAUUGUCGUGGUCAUUAUUUGAUAGAUAAAAUUUGUCUAUCCCAAAAAAUAUCUUCUUGAUUGAUCACUGCCAAUGAAAGACAUAAGAAAACCAGAUUUUAUCGUAAUUCGUGGAAAGGUGAACACGAAUAAUACUUGCGAGUAUUUAGACGUAAGUUAAAGGGUUCUAAAAUUCGGUUCCAAAUUAAACGUGAUAUCGUGUAAACGUGGGUCGUAGAGACAAAACAUCUUACAUAUAGACUACUGCCUAGGUAAUAUAACACAAGCUCUUUCACAUCGGUCAGUUUGACGUUACACACGCCAGAAACGAUUAUUUGGAAAACAUAUUAAAGGCUUCUAUAUUGUCAGCCACAACCGCGCUUUUUGAGAAUUUCAUUUAAAGAAUCGUUCAUUGGUUAGAAAAUCUUUGAAUAUCUAUAUUUAUUCGUUAUAUGGACGUUCCAGGAGAGUUUAAUUUAGCGAAUGACAGACAUUUUUCAUAUUUUUAGUAAUCCUCUUAUUCUAUUUUAUCACAAGCAUAGACUCAUAGACAUAUAUAGUAAUACUGAAUUUAAUCAAAUUUGUGAAUCCACGAAAGUGAUUCCACUGGCGACACGGAACGAGAGCAAUGACUUUAAAAAAAUACCGCGCAAAAGGUUGUACUUGAAAGUGUUUCUUUGAGCCAGGCGCAUGCCAACGCGAUUUUUGUCGUGCGAUUUUAGUCGCCCGAUUUUAACCGGCAAAUAUCAAACUGGUUGGAAAUAUUAUUCCGACUACGGUUAGUCAAUAAAAUCGUACGACAAAAAUCGUGUCGUGUCGGGUGCUCCUGGCUUUAGAAGUUCUGCAAACCCGAAAGGUCACGGCAAAUUCUGUACACAUUUCUCUUGACUUUUGAUGCACUCCAAAAAUCAAAAUUGUGAAUUGUGUUUAUAGGCAGAAAUAAAGUAGGGUUGACACUGGGGUGAGCGCGGAGCUGUUUAAGUGCUUUAAAAGAUUGGUACAAAAAAUUGUACAAAACAGAAAACUCUGAGGUUUUUGUCUGUCUAAUUCACAGAAAUUUUUGUACAGAAACUGUAGUGAUGUAAAAAUACGAUGAGUAUUCGCUACAUAUACCAUGAAAUAUGUAUGACAUGAACAAUGUAUAGAGCCAAAACUAAUCAAUGCACAAUAUAGUAAUUGAUAUAUUAAUGUAAUAUCUUGAUGGUUGUCUUAACCUGUAAGUUAAGAGAUUACGUAGUGGUCAUUAAUAAACAAAGAAUGUAUAUAUAUAGCUAUAUAUAUUACAUAUGCCGGUCUGUAUCGCUAUCAUGGAUUCAUGGGCGAACUGCUUUAUCUCGUCCUCUCUCACGUACGCUGCGAGUUUCUUAACUAACUUACUGAGGCCGGUAGUAUGAAAGCCGGAUACCGGAUAGUGGGUUUUUCAAUCGCUUUAAAAUCGCUCGUUGUUGGGUAUAACUUUGAGUUAAACCUUAGUAUUCUUAAAUUG